GCAUCAGCUGACCUCUGUUCGUCUUUUCUUUGACUACUCGACCGUACCUGCCUAACGUUACUCAAAAUGGAGCUGAAAAUAAUUUUCUCAGCAAUAUUUUCCGUAUUUUUUGUCGGUAGUGUAAGCUGCCAUUCUAAUUCAUCAUUGCCUCUUGUCAUAUGGCAUGGAAUGGGUGACAGUUGCUGUAAUCCACUAAGCAUGGGAAGCAUAAAGUCUCUGGUAGAGAAAAAUAUACCAGGAAUCUAUGUCAACUCUCUUGAAAUUGGAAGUAAUAUUAUUGACGAUAUGGCCAAUGGCUUUUUCAUGGACGGCUUCACCCAAAUAAAAUUUGCCUGUGACAUCAUCGCCAAAGACCCUAAACUCAAGAAUGGAUAUAAUGCCAUUGGAUUCUCCCAGGGAGGACAGUUCUUGAGAGCUGUAGCACAGAUAUGUCCAAACCCUCCUAUGAACAACCUGAUCUCUGCUGGGGGCCAGCACCAAGGUGUGUAUGGCUUUCCCAGGUGCCCAGGAGACAAUUCAACCCUCUGUAAUCUUGCAAGAGAGUUGCUGAACAUGGGAGCUUAUGACAAAUUUGUCCAGGAAAAUUUGGUACAGGCACAAUACUGGCAUGAUCCUCUGAACGAGGCUGAGUAUAGGCAAUACAGUAGAUUCAUUGCUAUCAUCAACCAAGAAAAUAGUGUGAAUGAGACAUACAAGAAGAAUUUGGUGAAGUUGAAUAAGUUUGUGAUGGUCAUGUUUGGCAAAGACACAAUGGUAGAGCCUAAAGAAUCAGAGUGGUUUGGCUUCUAUGUUCCUGGGAAUACAUCUGACGUGUACACAUUGAGAGAAAGCAAACUAUACAUUCAGGACAAGCUUGGCUUGAAGCAGAUGGAUGCUGACAAGAAGUUAGUCUUCCUCACAGCCCCUUGGGAUCAUUUGCAAUUCACAGAUGAAUGGUUUGAGGCUAAUCUGAUUCCCUAUAUGAAGUAGAUGACAUUCCAUAGACGUACAUGGCGUUUGUUUGGUUAAGCAAAUAUAUUUGAUUAAUUAUGUUUGUGUCUUACCUGAAAAUGGCAAAUAAAAGAUAACUAUGCAGAAUAUUGGUUUGGGAGGGUACAGGUCUCAGGAGAUCUUGGUUCUUUUAAAAUAUGUGGGAUAGGGUCAUGUCUAGUGUUCCUAGCCGGGGGUAGGUGUGGGGGGGGGGGGGACUACUAAGUAUACAUGUAAGAUACAUAUGUGCUGCGGUCGAGACCCACAUUUUCAGCCUAAAUUUCCGCUCAAGAGCAUCACCAAUUUCAAAAGCCAUAGAAAUUCCUAUUUUUCCCCGUUCCAGAGACCCUCAAAUUUGUGAUUCUCUUUCCAGUGCGCUACCAUUGCUGCUACCAUGUACAGUAUGAUAUCAUGAACUUUUGGUUUUUAUGUGGUCAGUUCCAGAGCAUUGCAUUUUUAGCAAUCGUUGAUCCAAGAGCCGUUCUGGAGACCCCCUUUUUAAAACCUUGAUUUAGUUCCAGAGCCCCCUAUUUUUUACUUUGGUGUGGCACAUAGGUAUCAUGUUAUAAAUCGAGUAGCCCCCCCGGGUUCCUAGCCCCCAUUCCUCAUGCCCCUACACAGCAAGAAGGCACACAACCUAUGUUUUGGUAAAAUAUUGUCAAAAAAGUUACUUAACUAUUAAUAUGGUGCCUGUGCCUGCAGUCUAAUUAUGUUCAGAAAGCGAAACAUUUUUAAUAUUUACACUGUUGGUAUAACUUUUCACUUUUUUCUAGUUGCUAUUUUUCAACCUCUAAUUUUCUCCUUCCUCCUUCCUUUUGGCUGAUUGGUUAUAUCUAUGUCAUACAUUUCUUUCACUGAUGAAACCUUUCCACGACCUGCCUGCAAAGAUCAAUGUUUCUUUCCUUUGAGUAGAUUGUAUGCACAAGUUCACCAUCAAUGCCUUUCUCUCCCCAGGGCUAGCAGGGCUAGUCUGCAAGUGCAGACUCAGAAUUGACACUUUAACAAAUUAAACCAUGUCUAGUGUGGAGACUAGAAUCUAAACCCUCUGGCCCGUAUUCUGAAGUCAGGUUUAACUUAGACCAUGGUCUAACUCUGUGCUAAAAUUAUGGGAAGCCAAAGGUGUCAAACUUUAUAUUAAGUUGUAUGUUUCUUAUGUUUACUGUGCUCUUUCCUGAUUCAUCGAUAGUGAAGAAAAUCAUCUAUUUUUACUUCCUAGACAAUUAUGAAUGAUUUAAGAGCCAAAUGAGCUGAAAUAUAUCUCUACCGUUAGUGAUUUAUGUAACAAUUGGCUAUCCAUACUUAAACCACUACUUUAAACCAGAGUUUAAGUUAAACCCGACUUCAGAAUACGGGCCUCUGCCUUGGUCAAAAAGACUUAGAAGCAGCCACGGUGCAUGAAAGAAUCUAGUCUCAUAUUUCAGACUCUUCGUAUUAUGCACUAUUCAAACACCAUAGGGUAUGCGCCUGCAGACUACUCCAUGACUCCUUUACACAAAGGUUUGUGAUAACUAAUGUAUAUUGCAAAUAAGUAAGAGCACUUAUGAUUGGUUCCUGGUCAGUGUUUUCAUCAAAACCUGCAUGUAACGUUGAUCAUGAUUGGUCAUUGCGAUUAGCGAAUGAUCGCCAUCCUUUGUGUUACAUAGCCUUGAUGUCACCUCCAGCUCCAUGUAUGUAGUACUAGUAAAAAUGAAAUUAAAAUGGCUGUCUGAUAGCUCGGAAGUGAAUUCUAUGACAUUGUGAUGAUUGAUAUAACACACUCGCAAUUUAUUUUCACUUUCAAUUACGAUCAAAUCCUGGAAUCAAGCCACGCUUUAUCCAUUCUAAACCGAGAGUAUGUAUGUUUGGUGUAAUCAUGAUUAAUGUAAUGUAAUUAAUAUAUUCAAGUACAUUCUAUUUAUGACAAUAGAUUAGUUUAUGAAAAUAUGAAACUAUUUUUCUUGAUGGGUUGAUCUAUUUUCUACUCGGGCACAUCCUGGUAUUGCCUUCAAUUUAUAUUAAUAAUAUGUCGACUUCUGGCUUAUGCUUUAAAAAAAUGUUUCGUCAUCCAAAUUUUGUUAAAGUUUGAAAAAUAUUUGUUUCAGAGUAGUGUUCCGAGAAAAUUACCAAAAAAAAACAUGUAAUACUUGAUUAGUUUAAUAUGGAUUUCUUUCAUAACCUGUUAUUUGUACAUGUAAGUCAUUGUUUGUCAUGGAAGAAUACUUUAUCACUAAUUUGAUAUUUUCUGUGUAUACAGAAUGUUUUAGAAUGUAUAUAUUGAAAAGGGGUUUUAAGAUAAGUUCAAAUAGGGUAAUUCAACCUGAAAAUAAUAUGCAUAAAUUGAUACAUUUAAAUUCAAACAAACAAGACACAAAAGUUCCAUCAAAAUCUUUUCAAAAAUAAUUGAGUUAUUUCAGUGAAACAGUUGUGUGCAAGUAAAGUGAUCAUUCACUGUGUGAUCUGAUGGUGUCAUAUCUUUCAAUUUUUUUAUUUGUAAAUUGAUAAUACAAAAAAAAUAUAUUAUUUUUGUGUUUGAAUUGUAUACGAUUCCUCGUUUAUUGUUUAAGAUCAUCGUUACUGUAAGAUUUUGUAUCAUGAGAGUUUGGGAAAAAAAGUUAAAUUAUUGAAGGACUUGACACCAGUUUAUCAAUUGAAUUUCAUGAACCAUGAUGACAUGCAUAUGACUGCUUCACCAGAAAUAGUGCAAAACUUUUAAUACAUUCAUAACUUUGUGAUAUCUGUGAAAUCUGAUUUGAUUAGAUUUAUAGUGAUUUGCUGAUUUCAUUGAAAUAUUUGUAUAUACUUAUCAUUUUCAGGCUUGAGUAACCCUUUACAGAUACGAUGAGAAUUCAUUUUGUCAAAUGUGCAAUUAGCAGUAGCAACGUAAUAACCUUGUAAGUUACAUAAAUUUAUAUUUCAGUUUUGUGUAGAAGUGGGAUAGGAUUACAAUAAUCAUUACGUAUUACUUUAUUCACUCUUCCAUCAAUAUUUAACAAUGUAGUGACCCAAACCAUUUUUUUUUCUUAUCUUAAAAUGAAAGGAAACUGGUAUUUUUCUUCCUAUUGCAUUCAGAAUUAAUUUCUUUUUUAUUCCAACGUUCUUCAUGGAUGCAUAUAUUCAACUUUUUUUUUUCAAGUAAAAAUGCAAUUUGAUUGAAUUACUAGUAUAUUGAGCUGGGCUUAUGCACGCAUUGCUUGUUUUUAUUGCAAAGGAGUAAAUUAAAAAUUUGUUACAAAUUCUACGAACUUGCACUCUUUUUUUUUUUCAAUUUUCAAAUGUAAAAAUCAAUCAAUUUUGUAAUACAUAUUAUGUACAUUGAUGAAUAAAUCUUUUGAAAUUAUCA